AUGUUCGAGUUCCUUCAUCAGAUGAGUGCACCGAAAGUAUCCACCGCAAUUUUGAGAUAUAUUUUUCGGUACGCGCAAUUUAUUGGAACGAUCUUUUUCUGUCUACACAAUAAAAAGGACGAUGAAACUGUAUUUAUCCGCAAUUGGCUCAAGUGGCUGAAUGUUACGCAUCGCAUAUUAACUUUUACCAGAUUCUUUUGGGUCUAUUUAGGGUCCAUAUCGAUAAAGACAAAUCGCGUCCAACAAGUACUUCAUGUUAUGCGACUUGUGCUGAGCAUUCCCAACGUUGCAGUAAUCUUGGGCUACCACAUUUUUCGAGGCCCAGAAAUAGUCGAUCUUGUCAACCAGUUCUUGCGUCUCUUUCGGCAAGUGAGUGAUUUAUUCAAGCCGAAAACACCUGGAUUCGGCGGCAGACGAGAAUUGAUAUUAAUCCUACUGAAUUUGGUAUCCUUCGCCCAUGAGCAAACAUAUCUGUGGUUUACGAUACGGAAGGGAUUUUCUUGCCGUUUCAUAAUCGAUUGGUAUUGCGACUUUUACCUAGUCAGUGCCACCAAUAUAUUCAUCCACAUCAAUUCCAUCGGCUAUCUCAGUCUGGGUGUUCUUUAUUCCGAGCUCAAUAGAUAUGUCUAUACAAACUUGCGAAUUCAAUUGCAAAAGUUAAAUACUUCGGGCAGUCAACAAAAAAUACGAAGAGUACAAAAUCGUUUGGAAAAGUGCAUAAGCUUGUACAGAGAGAUAUAUCAUACCAGCGUUAUGUUUUACAAGCUAUUUGUUCCUCCCCUUUUCCUGGCCCUGAUUUAUAAGGUUGUACUAAUCGCCUUGAUUGGCCUGAAUAUGGCUGUAGAGUUUUAUAUAAACAGCUUCGUAUUCUGGAUACUUUUGGGCAAACACGUAUUGGAUCUUUUUCUGGUGACUGCCUCCGUUGAGGGAGCUGUUAACCAAUUUUUGAACAUUGGAAUGCAGUUUGGAAAUGUCGGUGAUCUUAGCAAAUUUCAAACUACGGUCAGUCAAUUUAUUUUCAUAGAUUUUAUACCGACUUAAACUUUUUAUUCAUUACAGCUGGAUACUUUAUUCCUUCAUCUAAGGCUUAGCCAUUUUCGAGUCAGCAUUUUGGGCCUAUUUGAUGUCACCCAAAAGCAAUAUCUACAGUUCUUAUCAGCACUCGUAUCUUGGCUAGCUUUUAUAGCACAAUAUAGAAUGCAGGUCGGAAAUUGUA